AUUGAGAGAACAUGGCUGAGGAAGUUCAAAACCUGUGGGUGGGAGGAUUCAAUCCCAGUCUUUACAAGCUCCUGGUGAACUCUUUUGAGAACAAAGAAUUUAAGACAGAAGUGACCUUGAAUCAAAGUGAAGGAAUGAGAAUCGAUUUCAUAAAGCAGAAGGAUGUAGAGCAUGCUGAAAUUAUGGUGAACUGCUCCUGCUGGGAUGAUAUCAAAGACUGCGACGUCGAAGCCUACGUCAAGAAGAAUUUGGGUGAUGUCAUUCGUCCCUGCACGAAGCUCCAUGUGAAUCUCUACCUUGAAGUUCCCAAGGCCGAAUAUGAGAAGGAAGGCGAUUCCUAUCUAAAGAAAGUGGCUUCUGUCCAUGAGUACAUUCUCGCUGCUCCUUUCUACAAAUACCUGAAAGCUCUGCAAGACGGGUCUCUCUCUUCCCUCUACCCCAAGAUCUUGAGUUUCUACCUCCACGAGCCCAUCUACAUCAUCCCCAAAUCCACAAGCGUCUCCAUCGUCUUCUCCAUCAACGAAACCGACGACACGGACCGCUCGCUGAUGCAGGUCUUCCUUCUGGAGUUCAGCGAAGCCAAGCGGACCGUUGUCGGCUCUCCUUCCGUCACCUUCUCGCGCGACGAGCCCAACGACAUCCACGGAAUGGUCAAGGAGAAGCCGUCGGUGGGGUUCCUCUCCUUCGCCUUCAACGAAGAAAACGUGGCGGGGAAUCGCGCUGAGAAGGCCGCUGCGCUGCUCAGCUCCUUCCGCUUUUAUUUGGAUUAUCAUGUGAAGUCGAGCAAGACGUUCCUGCAUGGGAGAAUGCGAAAUCGCGCGGAGCAGUGGAAGAAUUGUAGGCUUUGGGAGCAAUGUGGACUGUAGUGCUGAAGGAGGCGAAGUUCGAAGAAAUGGAGGUCCAGAAGACGACAAUUAGUGGCAAGACGUUCAAGCAGUGAGUGUGUU